AGGGGCGGUGGAGGGAGGAGGGGAAGGAACAGGGAGAAAAAAAAUAAAGAUUCACAGUUGGGGGAAAAAUGUGUCUGUUGCACGAUCUAUCCCCUACAGGGUCAGAGGACAGCGCUCCGGGCGGCCCCGUCCCCCCCAAAUCCUCCCUCGUCCGGGAUCACUGCUAGUCCAUGCCGAGGGAGAGUCCCGACUUCUGUUCCUGAGGGGGAACUUGUAGCCAGAGCAAGACGGGAAGAAGAGGCAACCAGACGCCCAGCGACUCCUGCCGGGGAAAGGGGCGGCCAGAGGGUGGGGAGCCGGCCUGAGCCUCUCUCUCCCCGGAGCUCUCUCCUCUUUCCACCCCGGCACAUAACACAGGAACGGAGAUAAAAGUUUUCCAAAGUUUUGGAGUCGCAGCGUGUGCGGCCCUGAGCGCAGUACCCGGGGGGGCUGCCCGAUCCUGGAACUCGGCUUCAUCAGCCUGCUCUCGGAUACCAGGAGGAGACCCUCUGCGGGUCUGAGCGGCAGAGGGAUGAUGAGCUCCGGAGGAGCCGGCGGAGUGGGCUCAGGAGGCGGCGGGGAGGUGGUGUGCUCGGGCUGGCUCCGCAAAUCACCGCCGGAGAAAAAGUUAAAACGUUUCGCAUGGAAGCGAAGAUGGUUUGUCCUUCGCAGCGGACGUCUAACAGGAGAUCCUGAUGUUCUAGAAUACUAUAAGAAUGACCAUGCAAAGAAACCCAUUCGUAUUAUUGACUUGAACCUGUGUGAACAAGUUGAUGCUGGACUGGUAUUCCCCAAAAAAGAAUUUGAGCAUAGUUAUAUUUUUGAUAUAAAAACCAUUGACCGUAUCUUUUAUUUGGUGGCUGAAAGUGAAGAAGAAAUGAAUAAGUGGGUUCGAAACAUAUGUGACAUCUGUGGAUUCAAUCCCACUGAAGAAGAUGUGAAACCUCAUGGUGUUCCUACACAGGCCCCCAUUGAGAUUCCCAUGGCUGCAAGUUCCGAACUCUCCACUCUGGCAGCAUCACACCAUGGUCCACUCCCUCCACCCUACCAGCUCCUCAAUAUACCACCCUUAGAAUCUGCAAACAGCCAGGAAGAUCCCCAGGACUAUCUGCUGUUAGUCAACUGCCAAAGCAAGAAACCAGAACCAUCAAGAGUACCAGAGUUGAGGACCCCUGCUAUAGUGCACAAAGCACUUGCCGCUGCAGUGUUCUCUGAAUAUAGUUCAUCUCUUGCAUCAGAUGAGGAGUACCUACUACUUGAAGAUUUUGAGAGCAAAAAGAUCUCUUGGCAGUCUCACACGGAUUCUAUAAAGUCGGUACCAUCUGAAACAGACUGUAAUGACAAUGUUGCCACUCCUAAAGGUUCCUCCGCACAGAAGCAUGCCUUAAAUGGGUAUUUCCAGCAGACUAGUGUAUAUGACUCUCCAUCCCGUACGGGCUCCUCUUCAGAAUCAAGCUUUUACAACCUACCGAGAAGUUACUCACAAGAUAUUUUGCCAAAAGCUGUGUCCCCUUCUGGUACAGAUGUGGAUGCCGAUCAGAGUGUUUUUAAUUUGUCUGGAGCAUCUUUGUUAGAGUCACAGCUGAGGCAUUGUUCUAUAAGCUAUGACAUUCCUCCUAGCUCGGGAAGCACUUAUCAGAUACCCAGGACUGUACAUGAAAACUCUUUGGGGCAAUCGUCAUCAAAGUUAGAGACAGUUGCGGAUGUUCCCCCGCCCAGACCACCAAAGCCUAAUUACUCUUCUGAGCGCUCCCCAGCUGAACACAGUCUAAACCGCACUGCCUCAGAGACUGACAGCAGCUACUGUGUCCCCACAGGUGGAAUUGCAGCAUCACGUAGUAAUACAGUUUCUAGUUUAGAGCUAAAUAAAUAUAGGAAAGAUAUGAGUUCUCAAGAUUUCUAUGAUAUUCCCCGACCCUUCACCAGUGACAGAUCUAGCUCACUGGAGGGCUUUCACAGCCAUUUUAAAAACAGAAGCAUGUUAGCAGUGGGAAGUUUCUCCACCGAGGAGUUAGAUGAAAACUAUGUUCCUAUGAACCCCAAUUCUCCACCUCGGCAGCAUUCCAACAGCUGCACGGAACCUAUCCAAGAAACCAACUAUGUACCUAUGACUCCAGGCACAUUUGACUUCUCAGCAUUUGGGAUGCAAGUACCACCACCAGCCCAUAUGGGCUUCAGGUCCAGCCCACAGACCCCACCAAGGAGGUCGGUUCCCUCUACUGACUGUGGGCCUCCUCCAGUGGAUAGAAAUCUCAAACCAGAUAGAAAAGGUCAAAGCCCUAAAAUUUUAAGACCUAAACCUCCUGGUUUAGAGCGAACCGAUUCACAAACCAUAGGUGAAUUUCCCAGAAGAAAAAAGGUAAAGCCAGCACCAUUGGAGAUAAAGCCAGUACCUGAGUGGGAAGAAUUGCCUGUACGUUCUCCUGUCACUAGAAGCUUCACACGGGACUCUUCCAGGUUCCCUAUGCCUACCAGGCCGGAUUCGGUUCAUAGCACAGCUUCCAGCAGUGACUCACAGGACAGUGAAGAGAAUUAUGUACCCAUGAACCCAAAUCUUCCCACUGAUGGCCCAAGUUUAUUUGAGAACAACAGCCUUGAUGGAGGGAAUAGUCCCAUGGUGAAACCUAAAGGAGACAAACAGGUUGAAUAUUUAGACUUGGAUCUGGACUCCGGCAAGUCAACACCUCCAAGAAAAAAAAAGAGCAGUGGCUCGGGAAGCAGUGCUGCAGAAGAAAAGGUGGAUUAUGUUGUAGUUGACAAAGAGAAAACCCUUGCAUUGACGAAUACCAGAAAAGCAUGGACUGAUGAGAGACAGUCUACUGAUUCCGAAACACCAACUAAGAGCCUCAAAUGAAUGCUUUUAGCAUGAGAAUCCUUCUCGCACAUCAAGCGAGCCACAUUUGAAUCAGUGCAACUUAAUGCCUUCUGUAAUAAAAUUCCAUGAAAAUGGAAUUUGCCUCUUAAGGACAUUUCUGGAGACCUAUACUGAAUUGUGCACUGCAACUUAAGUGUAAAUAUUUUACUAUGACCCAACAAGGACCAUUUGUUUAACACAUUUAGCCAUGUUUUGUAGUAUUAUUAUGUUUUAUGCACUUUUUGUGGUGGAAACAUUGGUUCUUGUUCCUAAUACUAGCUUUGCUAUUAACACAGCUGAUGUCUUAGUUUUAUUUCAUACACUAAUACAACUGAAAGCUAGAUGAACUUUAAAACGGUAGAUUGGCCACUAAUGCAUUGCAGUGCAUAGUAGCAUAAUGCUGGUCUUCUAUCAUAGUCAAAACAGUAAUUGUUCUAUCUUCUGAUUUUAAACCUAUGCUUCCUUUAUUUUAUGUUGAUAUAAAUGUUUGCGUGACCUUUAUUUGCUUUGGACUUCAGAAAUUACCAUCCUUCAUGUAGGCUUUGUUUUUUUCUUAAGCAUUUAACAUUCAGUUUCAAAUUUGAAGUACAGUCUCUGAUUCCAACCUGCAGAACCAUAUAUUCAGUUGUGCAAUUCAUCUUUACAGCCUAUGUAAUUAGAAUUUCAUUACAGACUAUGAAUUAAAUACAUAUAAUUAAGUGUAACUUUAUUUUCCCACCUCCCCCAAAAAUUAUAGUCUGGUUUGAUUUGUAAUAUAUGCAAAUUAAAGGGCCUUUAAACCUGAAUGUCAGGUUUAUCUAAUAUGUAAGAGAAUUGGGUAACUUUCACAUCUGUAUGAUUCCCAUAAAGUAUUAGGAAGGGAUUUUCAUUUAGACCCUUGUCCAGGUUCGUGAAAGCCCUAGUUCUCUUUAACUAGAACCAUUAAAGACUAUGAAGGCUUUUUGCCACUGUCAUAACGGGGUUGUUUAUUUUUAGUCAACCACCCUCAUAUUGUUAACACCAAACACGCUUCCAGGAACGUCUACUAUUACUUGCUCAAUGUCUCUCAUGCCAUGGUUUUACAAUUCAUCCUGUCCACUUCAGUUGAUUUCUUUGGAGCUUUGGAGAAUUGCCCAAGCAUCAUUGGGUAAGAAGACAAGUUGUUGUUUUGGAACUUCAACCCCCCAAUGGUUGACCAGAUAUAUAAAUGGGGGUUGUCAGAAUUGGACAGCCUCCUUUUAAAUAGAUUUACAAAAAAUAAUAUGGUAUUCCCUGAAACAUGCUUUUACUGGUAAUUAAAGUUUAAUCUUAAAUAUAUUUAGUUCUGAGAAGCAUGUUUUACAUAUAUAAUUAUUAAUUUUGCUAGUAGUUUGUUCCAAUAUCUCAACUUAGGUUUUUGUGGUUCUGUAAAGUAUGAUGUCAUGACUUUAGUCACUAACAGCAGCUCUCCAGAAACUUUUUAUGUUGGUGUACUGAAACAUCCAGAAGGUGAUGUGAAGUUCAAAUCUGUACUAUUUUAACCAAAUGUUAUUAAUGGUAAUGGUCAAUUCUGUAAGUCAUUUUUUUCAAUACUGUGGUUUUUAGUGCAUUUUCUAUGUUCAUUCGGUAAAGAUUCUGCAGGGUAGGAUCUUGCUUUGAGACAAAAAUAAUGAAAUUAACGUGCACACCACGUAUGGUGUUUGCAGUCUUUUUGUCAAUGUAUUUUUUUAGUAGCGUUUUAAAAAAAUGUGGCAUACAGAAGGUAGAUUAAUAUUAAUCAGGUACUUCAACAGCACUGCUGUGCUUAAUACACUGAUCAGGUUUUUACAGUGAGAUGUAAGCAUGUUAAUUUGUAAAGGUUCUAAUACUGUAAUGUUUCAUUGAGACAUCGAUCAUUAACGUUUCCAGUGCUAACACAAUACUGUGACUUCUGCUGUUUGAUAGCCAAGUAUAGAAUGUUUUGACACCACUGUGCCCUUUUCAUUGACAUAUUUAACUUAACACCUGCUUUGCCUUAUAUUUAAAUAUCCUAUGCAAUUUAGUUUGUGUAAUCCCAGCUGUUGUUUACCUUUUUUAACAUGAUACAUAAUACUUCCCAUUGCUUGCUUGGACUUUUUAACCAUUCAUGGACUUGCAUACAUGCAAGUCAAAGCAGUGCAAAUGUGUAUUUAAAGGGCUUAGCGGAUAUUCUUGUACUGCUAUGAAUUUAGUUACUGGUGAAAUUUAAAUAAAUGUUAUCCCAUUUUAAUUUUAAACAAACAUUUUGUCAGAAAUCAAUUUUGAACAUUUUUUGUUAUAUAUAAUUCAAAAUAUAAAUAUAAUAAACAGCCAAGUUAUGCAGUCUAUUUUAUAAUUUUGCUAAAGUGCGUAAUACUACUGUAAAGGCAUGUACAUUCUCCUCCUGUUCAUGUAUGUAAAAACAUUUGUCUUUAUUGGUUUUCUAUAAAAUGGUUUACAAUAAGGAAUGCAGAUUUAAGGUGAACAUGAAAUUCAGAGAUGUUACCCAGAUUGUCAUUAAGUUAUUCUUGCAUAUUUAAAUGGUUCUAAGUUUCAUACCAUAAAGUAGUAUUUAAAUACCAUCAGGAGUGUUAGGCCUCUUACACAUGGGAAAUUUCUCUGCACCAGUGGUAUUUUGGGAGUCGUGUCCAUUGCUUGGUGAACACCACUUAUCUGGCACUGAUUGUACCCUAUGAGGAAAGGACAUACCAUACACUCAGCAUUAACAGUGAAUGCUGGAUAUACAGUAGCAGGGAUGUUAGAGAAUAAGGAUUACGUUUACUUUCAUCUUCUAUUAGAAACCUAGAAUUUGAUGGCAGAUAAGAACCACUUGGCCUAUACAUUCUGCCCUAAACACAUUUUCAUGCACACACUAGGGUUGAUUAUUGUUGAGAGCCGAUUAACCUAUCACUAUAUUUUUGGUUUGUGGGAGGAAACCGGAGUACCUGGAAGAAACCCACACAAGCAUAGGGAGGAUAUACAAGCUACACAUUGGGCCGUGGUAGGAAUCAAACCCAUGACCUCAGUGCUGUGAGUCAGUAAUGCUAACCAUUACACCAUCCGUUAUUGCUAUUCAUUGUUAACAUUUGUGUAGACGUUCCUCUACUAGCCCUAUUUGCAGAGUAGUGUUCUCCAAGCAUUGAAUACAACACAGACUGUGUGUUCCGUUGGCACAGGGAAAGAGCCCAUGUGCACGAGCUUCAACACAAAUCGAUGACUUGGUACUUGGUUUUCAUGGAAGAAUGUUAAUAAGCAGUAAUUUUUUGCCCUUAAGAACUAAGCAAAUGUCUUCAGCCAUGCAAACAUUGUAGUUGUCUUAUUGUUUUUAUUGUGUUAAACUUGGUACUAAAUAUUGUCACUGAAACCAGUGUGGGAGCUAACACAAAUAAACUUUCUUGUUCAAUGUAUUUUUCUCUCUGUUACAUACUAAUAUAGCAACCUCCCAGAUGAUUUUUGUGUAAGGUGGAUAACUCCCUUUUUAUUUAUUUUUCUCAGUAGAUACAGUGUAAUUAAUCCAUAGUGAACAUUUUUUUGGAUGCUUUUUGGAAAAACAUCUGCCUCUCUUCAGAAAUCCAUUGAGCCGCGAAACCAAAGUACAAAUGAAUGAAAUACAAUGCAUUUUGCAACACGGACAAAUUGACAAAAUUUAUGCUUGUCAUUCUAUGUACACAUUUAAAUAAUGCACAUGUGCAUGAAUAUGCAAUGUAAACCAAUGUAUAUAAACAAAGGAAAUUAAACUAUUUGUCACAUGAAAAA